AUGUCCGUCGCACUUGUUGUCUCUUUGUUAGUUCCUGCUACCUUGGCAGCAUGGAAUAGUUCUGGGACGCCGACUUUCUCUCAACCAGCAGGUUACCAAACCAAAGUGUACAAUGUCAGCGCAGCUACGACAACAAUAAGCUAUGCUUAUACGGAUGAAGAGCUUGCCAUGCUUUGGAAUCAGGUUGGAGAUAUCGAAAUUGGUCCAAUCACAACCACCGUCGAGCCAACUCCAGAACCUUCAGCAUAUCCGAGUCCUGGAGUCUUCCACCCUCUGGUUGCUUCCUCCGACCCGUCUUUAGAGUCUGCUUCUUUGCCUAAUGACUUUGUAUGGGGCAUCGCAGCAAGUUCUUACCAAAUUGAAGGAGCUGCGAAAGAUGAAGGAAAGGGACCGUCAAUAUGGGACCUCCUGGCACAUAGAAACUACGGAUCCGUCUCGGACAACUCGACUGGUGACAUUGUUGGUAGUCAUUACUGGCUUUACAAGCAAGACUUUGCUCGUCUCGCUAAGCUUGGCGUCCCAUACUUUUCCCCAUCGUUCUCAUGGCCUCGAUUCUUUCCUUUCGGUAAUGGGCCUCUGAACCAAGAGGGUGUGAAACAUUAUGAUGAUGUGAUUGCAAACAUGGUCAGCAACGGAAUCAAACCAGCAGUCACACUCUUUCAUUGGGAUACUCCCCUAGCACUUUUUAACUCGUAUGGAGCUUGGACCGACCCUAAAAUCAUCGAUGACUUCUUCAACUAUGCCAAGUUUGUGAUUACCCGUUACGACGCAUACGUUCCAAUCUGGUACACCUUUAACGAGCCACAAUACUGUAACUGGCAAUACCAAUACUACCCAGCUGGCAACAACAAAGGUAUCUAUCCCGCAUAUCACAACAUCACCGGUGGACUCUCCGCUCGUAUUGCCUGUUCUCACUACACGAUCCUCGCACACGCCAAAGUAGCAAAAUGGUACCACGAAGAAUUCAAAGGACGCGGACGCAUCACAUUCAAGAACUCCGGUAACUACUACGAAGGCAACUCCACCUCCACCGAAGACCUCGACGCCGUAGCACGCAACUACGAAUUCGUCCUAGGCUGGUUCAACGGCUGCUGGCGAGACGGCGAUUACUCCCCCAUGAUCAAAGAAACCCUCGGCUCCCUCCUCCCAAACUUCACCCAAGCCGAAAAAGACCUCAUCAAAGGCUCCUGCGACUUCUUCGCUAUCGACGCAUAUACAGGCUACCUCGCCACCGCCGUGUCAGGCGGCUCCGCAGCCUGCGCGGCAAACUCUUCACACCCCGCCUUCCCCGAAUGCGCCAGUUCCUCAUCACUUGCCGCAGACGGCUUUCCACUUGGUCCAUCGGCGGAUAACGAGAUGAGCUGGCUCUACAGCACGCCAGUUGGGAUCCGAAGGUUCUUGAACGUCAUCACGAAGGAUCUCUUCCCGACAGUGCCAGAUAUCGUGGUCUCUGAAUUUGGAUUCGCAGAGCCUUUUGAGGGCCAACAAACGAAACUUGAGAAUAUCCUGUGGGAUCUACGACGGUCGGAUUAUUAUCAGGGGUUUUUGGAUAAUAUUUUGCUUGCUAAGACUGUGGAUCGUGUCAAUGUAACUGGUAUCUUCGCGUGGUCGAUCUUUGAUAAUUUCGAAUGGUUCUCCGGGAAUCAGGUUAAAUUCGGGGUGCAGUAUUUGAAUGCUACGAGUAUGGAGAGGGUGCCCAAAGCUAGUUUGUUCCAGAUGUUGAAUUGGUUUAAGACGAAGGGAGGCGCGACGCAUCCUGGUGUUGGUGGGAAUGCGACUGCUGCGAGGUAG